AUGCAAUUUGAUGAUACCAACUGUUUCUCAAAGGAGCGACCUAUCUGUGACCCUAGAAAGUCCUUCGAUGGCGGUACUUGUGUCGAUCACUCUGAUCCUCAAUGCCGACCUGGUCUUGUUUUCGACGGCACCAGCUGUGUAUCUAAGGAGCCUCUCCGCUGUGAACCUGGUACCAGCUGGAACGGAAGCAAGUGCUGUGAUCCCGGCAUGAAGUACAACUCUGAGACUGAGACUUGCGACUCGUCUUUCAAGCCCCGUUGCCCUACUGGAACGGAGCUCAGAGAUGAUGUCUGUGUCUCAGUUACUCCUCCUCCGUGCCCGAGUGGCACCGCCAGAAAGGGUGGCAAGUGUGUCUCUGUCGAGCCUCCCCGUUGCCCUCGAGGUCUCAGUCCCAGCGGUGGUCUCUGCAUCUCCACCAAGGUGCCUGAAUGUGGCGAGGGCACUAUCUUCGACGGCAAGCGAUGUGUUAUUGGCAAGACCGACGAGUGUUAUACUCUUCACACUUGCCCUCCUGUUGGCGCUCCUGGCCUCCCUGCUGUGGGCGGUCGAUAA